AUGGAUCUAGAAGAUGUGGAAGUAGAAAUUGUGUGGAGAAACAUAACCGUUGAGUCAGAUAAGCCUUUUAAGGAGGCAAUAGUCAAAAGAGCUCAAGGAAAGGUAAAGCCCUCUGAAAUGACUGUGCUUGUAGGCGUAAGCGGGGCAGGAAAGACAACAAUGCUGAAUGCUAUAGUAGGAAAACCUAUGGAUGGGCUAAGGGUGACAGGAGAGAUUCUUCUUAAUGGCCACCUUGUUAAUACGAAGGUAUGGGAGCGUGCUGUAGGAUUUGUAGGAGAGCAUCUCCAUUCAUAUGAGACCCAGACCGUUGAGGAAACUCUAAGGUUUGCAGUGAUGAUAUCAAGAGGACUAAGUCCAGGAAUGGCUGUGGGCGAGGAGGUAUCUGGGCUAAUUCGAAGCCUAGGGCUUUCCAGGGUUGCGUACACUCCAAUCAGCUCGAUAUCAACAGGAGAACGGGUAAGACUUUCUUUAGGAAUAACUCUUGCAAAAAGGCCUUCUAUAUUGAUCAUAGAUGAAGUCACCAAUGAUCUUGAUUCAUUCAAUAUCAUUCAUAUAUUAAAGAUCCUUAUGGAUCUAAAGCAUCGGGGGAAAGGAAUCAUGAUUUCAUUUCAAAGGCUUCCUCAAGAGAUACUGCCGUUCUUUGACAAGGUCAUGAUGAUCUGUCAAGGAGAGAUCGUAUUCAAUGGAAGUCUUAAGGAAUGCAUGAUUUUCUUUGAAGGAUGCGGGUACGACUUUAAAAAGCAUACAGAAUCAGCGGACUUCUUCAUGGAGGUCUUAUCCAUGGAUACAACAACUCCAGAGUCAGAGAGAGCAUCACUUUGUAGAAUAGCAAAAUUAAAGAUGUCCUGGAAAAGAAUAGAGCCUUUGGUAGUAUCAUCGAUAAUAAAGAAGACAGAGUUUCCUAUUGUGAUUAGAAAAUCUAUCCAGAGCUUUUUUCUGGUCUUUGAAAGAAACCUGUCUGACUUCUCUAGAAGUCAUGGACUUAUGAAGAUCUUAAGUAUACAAAAGUUUACAACCUUAUCAUUUCUUGUUUUCGUUUACUACAGGCUAGACUAUACACAAAAGGGUAUUCAAGACAGAUUUGGGAUUUUGUCAUUCAUAGUCAUGUCGUCCUUUGAGAAGGCAGCAUUCAUUUCAAUAAUAUUUAUUUCCUCUCACAAGAAGGCACUUAAAAGGGAGGUUUGUGCGGGGAUGUAUGGUGCAAUCACAUCGUACUUUGCCAAUAUGGCAUCCACCCUUUGCGUCUCUGGUGUACCCAGCAUUCUUUAUAUUGCUGGUGUGUACUGGAUUGUGGGGCUCAAUCCAGAUCUUUUUAGGUUUGCAUUCUUUGUAUUCAUCUUUGCGGUGGUUGUGCUUUUUUCCACAUCAUUUGGAAUUAUAGUUUCACUCUACACCAAGACACUUAUACAUGCACAAAUACUUGCAUCUACAAUAGUCAUGACAUUUACAAUGCUUGGGGGAACGUUUGUUAAUCCAGGGUCGAUUCCAGGAUUCAUUAGAUGGGCCAUAUGGAUAUCCCCCGUAUACUAUGCUUUUGAAACAGUCCUACAGACUCAGCUCGAGGGCCUAAUCUUUGAAUGUAAAGAUUCUGAGAGAUGCAUUUCUAAUGGAAAGGAGGCUCUGAACAUGUAUGGAUUCAAGAGAGUUAGAUACACUGUAUCCACAGGAAUACUUCUUCUCAUUACCAUCAUAUUCAUUGCCCUUGGAGCUAUUUCAAUGAAUAGGAUUAUUAAGCCAAGGAAUAUCACAUAG